AUGCUCUCCGCCCGCAUCCAGCUUGCCACCAUCACCGACCUGCAGCAGCUGAGGGUGUUGCUGCUGAAGCGACUCAACCUGUCCGAGAAGGAGAACACGCCCCGGAGUCUCAGCGGGACCCGCAUCCUGGCGAGCAAGGCUGCGAGGAGAAUCUUCCUGGACCUGGCCGAACCGGAACGUAAAGAAUCUACUAAGCCCAGCGUUGAGGACGAGCCCUUACUGAGAGAAAAUCCCCGCCGCUUCGUGGUCUUUCCCAUCGAAUACCAUGAUAUCUGGCAAAUGUACAAGAAAGCCGAGGCCUCCUUCUGGACGGCUGAGGAGGUGGACCUCUCCAAGGAUAUUCAACACUGGGAAGCGCUGAAACCUGACGAGAGACAUUUUAUAUCUCACGUCCUGGCUUUCUUUGCGGCGAGUGAUGGCAUAGUCAAUGAAAACCUGGUGGAGCGCUUUAGCCAAGAAGUUCAGGUUACAGAGGCCCGCUGUUUCUAUGGCUUCCAAAUUGCCAUGGAAAACAUACAUUCUGAAAUGUACAGUCUCCUCAUCGACACUUACAUUAAAGAUUCCAAAGAGAGGGAAUAUCUCUUCAAUGCUAUUGAGACAAUGCCUUGUGUGAAAAAGAAGGCCGACUGGGCCCUGCGUUGGAUUGGGGACAAAGAAGCUACCUAUGGAGAACGAGUUGUGGCCUUUGCUGCUGUGGAAGGGAUCUUCUUCUCUGGCUCUUUUGCGUCAAUAUUCUGGCUCAAGAAACGGGGACUGAUGCCUGGCCUUACGUUUUCUGUAGUAGGAGCUGCGGGGCUGUGUUCCUGCCAUCCCUGCUCUGGUCGCCUGGCUAGCUUAUGCCCCAAAAUAACAAUAUACAAACUGGAACAAAAUCCAGAAUUCACCUAG